GUCACACUGGCAAAGUAGCCAGAAAAAAAGAGAGAGAUUUCUCGGAUUAAAUGAGAUACCAACGAAAAAAUUAUUAGUCAAGUGUCCCCGUAAAGACGCAGAGCCAUCAAAUAGCCCGUAGAGCAUUCCAGUUCAGUCGGGUACAAUCCACGCCAGUCGAGAACCAGCGGAACAGCAAGGGAAUCCGGUAAUAGCGAAGGAGGAGGUGGAGAGCGAAGAGCCACGAAGUGGGAAGAAGUAACUAGGUAGCCAUCAUGUCCUGGACGGAGAAAGUCGAUCCGGAGCUGAUCUUCACUAAACAGGAGCGAAUCGGCAAGGGCUCCUUCGGCGAAGUGUUCAAGGGCAUCGACAACCGCACCCAGCAAGUGGUGGCCAUCAAGAUAAUCGAUCUAGAGGAAGCCGAGGAUGAAAUAGACGACAUUCAGCAAGAGAUCAUGGUGCUGUCGCAGUGCGACUCACCGUACGUGACCAAGUACUAUGGUAGCUUCCUCAAAGGCACCAAGUUGUGGAUUAUCAUGGAGUACCUGGGCGGUGGAUCCGCCCUGGACCUCAUGAAGGCCGGCUCCUUCGAGGAGAUGCACAUCGGUAUCAUACUGCGCGAGGUGCUCAAGGGCCUGGAUUAUCUGCACUCGGAGCGGAAACUGCAUCGCGACAUCAAGGCGGCUAAUGUGCUUUUGAGCGAACAGGGCGAUGUAAAGCUGGCGGACUUUGGAGUCGCCGGCCAGUUGACCAACACCACCUCCAAGAGGAACACCUUUGUCGGAACGCCCUUUUGGAUGGCACCCGAAGUGAUCAAGCAGUCGCAGUACGAUGCCAAAGCUGACAUUUGGUCGCUAGGCAUAACGGCUAUAGAGCUGGCCAAGGGUGAGCCGCCAAAUUCGGAACUGCAUCCGAUGCGUGUGCUCUUCCUCAUUCCCAAAAACAACCCGCCGCAGCUGACGGGCAACUAUACUAAGUCGUUCAAGGACUUUGUGGAAGCCUGUCUAAACAAGGACCCGGAGAACAGGCCCACGGCUAAGGAGCUGCUUAAGUACCCGUUCAUCAAAAAAGCCAAGAAGAACGCAUACCUUAUCGACCUGAUCGAUCGUUUCAAGAAGUGGAAGCUCUCCAAGGGUGACGAAAGCGAAACGGAGUCAGAGAACUCCGACUCGGACUCGGAUGCCAAGCAGGGUGGCAGCAGCCAGGACGAACCAUGGAUCAUGACCGUUAAGGGACUGCACAUUAACAGUGCCCCGCGAGCGGGCGUCAACAGUUUUCAGUUGCAGGAGCACGAGUUGACCAUGCAGAAGCUAAUGCAGACCACACACUCGCCAGCCGGCGGCGGCGCAGGUCAGCCAUCCCCCACCUCAUCCGGAUCAGCGUCCUCUGUGUCCGCCGUACAGGCAUCAGCUUCCUCUGUGUCCGUUAUCACAGCCAACGAGGCUGUUUCAUCCGCAUCCGCCCUGCCCCCCCAGAACAGCCACGUCCACAACAACAUUAACAACAAUAACAUCAGCAACUUGAGCAACAAACACGCCACCACCACCAUGCUGAAUGCAGCUCCUCUUCCGAGCAGUGUCACCAGCUCCUCGUCGGCCAAUGAGUUGCAGCAAAAGCGUUCCAGCUCCAAACCGGAGCUGCGCCAGUCGCGUUCCGCCGCACCCCUGGAUCAUGUAGAGGAUCGUCGUGCGUCACUGGGCCUUCCGUUACAGGCUUCGGUUCCGAACCCAUCGCCAACUGAGCAGCAGCAACGCCGCAGCAGUCAACGUGAAUCAUUCCAUGCAACUAACGCUGCCCUUGCCGCCAGCAGCAGCAGUAGCAACAAUCACAGCCACGAGGAGCACGUGGCCCCCAAUCAUGCCAGCCAUGUCAAGCACAGUGGAGCGGGACAACGCCUAGUCCAGACAAACAGCGCCUGUCUGAACAACUUCCUUUUCCCCGUGCUAAGCGAUAUCCAGCGGAAGUAUUCUGGUGGAGGAUCUGGAGGCGGAGGAGGAUCUGGUGGACGUAACCUGGGUGUGGGCAGCGACAUCGGUGACCUGAAGUCCGUGUUUGAAUUGGCAGAGCGCUCCAGCCCGGGAGUAAGUGAUCUUUUUAUGAAGGAGCUAAUCCACAUGCUCGUUCCUGGUUAUUCUGAGACGCGCAUUAACACGAUCAUGGACCGCGCCAUACGUAACCGAAAGUAGCUGGCGCAGCUGUAGCCAAUUCCGAUUCCAAGCAGCCUACUUUACUAUAAACACAACAUUAAUAACGAGACCGAGACAAAACAAACUGAAACGCUGGAGCGAGACAUAUUCCGACAUUUAAGUGGCCAACGGAGGAGCGGGAGCUAUGUAUAUGUAUUUCAAUUGAACAGUUAUUUAAGCAUACAAUAUGUAUUCGUUUGUUUAUCUGCAAUAUUAAUCUAAUGUAAAACAUAUAUAACUUCAAAAUAAAAACCCAACAAAAAUUAACAAUUGAA